AUGACUCACCUUGAAAAACAUCAAGCCGAUCGAUUUUAUCGCAAAUUCAAAAACGACAGGCCGGACCUCGACGAACUCGCUGUUAAUGUUACCUAUAUGUUCAAGGGGAGAGGGACUCUCCCUCUGAUGGCUUUUGCUGCUGCUAAAUAUUCUUACAAUACCUUUUCUAUUCGUGCUCUCGAUUGCGGCGUCGAGCCCUAUGCCAUAGCCUUCAUGGACGAACUACUCUAUCGACUAAAAAAGAAUGGUACAACUACAUUCAACUGCUCACUCGCUUUGAGAGCUCGAGAAAUUCUAUCAAGUGCACCGAGUAUGACUCACCUUGAAAAACAUCAAGCCGAUCAUUUUUAUCGCAAAUUCAAAAACGACAUACCGAACUCCUACGAACUCGCUGUCAAUGUUACCUAUAUGUUCGAGGAUACUAAUCUCACCGCAAUCGGAUGCGACUACUUAGUGAGGAACGAUACGGAGACUACGUUUUAUGUGUACUGUAUUGUAGAAAACUACCUUCGAAUUCAGUAA